AUGCCCCUGCCUGAGCCCAGCGAGCAGGAGGGCGAGAGCGUGAAGGCGGGCCAGGAGCCGCGCCCACAGUCCCCCCAGCCGGGCACAGAUGUCGUCCCUACGGCUGCUCCCAAGAAGCCCAGGAAGUUCUCCAAGCUGGUCCUGCUGACAGCGUCCAAGGACAGCGACAAAGUGGCCGCGGCCAAGCGCAGAGGGGUGCACUGCAUCAUGUCUCUGGGGGUGCCCGGCCCCACCACCCUGGCCAAGGCCCUGCUCACGAUCCACCCCGAGCCCCAGCGCGCCAUCGAAGCGGCCCCCCAGGAGCCCGAGCAGAAACGCAGGAAGCUGGACGCAGAAGGAAAAGAAGACGGAAGGUUGGCAGAGGGCGGGGAGGAGUCCUCUGUGGGGCCCAGCGAGGCUCCGUAA